AUGUCCAGAGUCACAGUCUCUCAUUUUUUGGAAGAGAAGGCCAAGGCACUCGGAUCCAACCUUGACUACUGUCGGACCUCUCAGGACAGUCUUCACCGCGCCUGUUCCGAGAAGCUAUUGAGCCACAAGGAGUACAGCGAGGAGAUGUUGAAAGUUGAUCAAGUCUCCAAGCCGGUUGUGUCAGAGUUACGCGUCUUGAAGAGACAACGAAGGACUUUGGAACAUGACGUUCAAGAAGGCCCGUACCUUGAGAAAUCAACACUUCUCUCGCUGGGUCGAAACAUCUCAGGUUUUGAAUUACCCCCUCCAAUCUAUGAAGGCAAUACCUUUGAUGGGGAUAAACCUGACUCUGAGAAUGAAGAUCUUGCUCUUUCUGCACUGCUGAGAGAUGCAAUGAUAGCCAUGGCUAAAGAAGCCGAAAAGAAGUCCGGCAGUGAAUAUGAUGAGAGCUCUGAGAGUGAUGAAGAAGAAUAA